AUGUGGUAUCUACCUAUUGCUGACAGAUUGAAGAGAAUGUACCAGAGCAAGAAGACUGCAUCAGCAAUGAGAUGGCAUGCAGAGCACCAAGCAAAAGAGGGUGAAAUGUGUCAUCCGUCAGAUGCGGCGGAGUGGAAAUACUUUCAAGAUCAACAUCCCCGUUUUGCAGAAGAACCUCGCAAUGUUUAUCUUGGCUUAUGUACGGAUGGCUUCAAUCCAUUUGGAAUGUCUAAUAAUCAUUCGUUGUGGCCAGUGAUCUUGACUCCAUAUAAUCUACCCCCUGGUAUGUGCAUGAAGACAGAGUACUUGUUUCUCACAAUUUUGAAUUCUGGACCGAAUCACCCGCGAGCUAGUCUAGAUAUCUUCCUCAAACCUUUGAUUGAGGAGUUGAAAGAGUUAUGGUCUACUGGAGUUGAAGCAUAUGAUGUCUCCUUGAAUCAAAAUUUCAAUCUUAAAGCAGUGCUUCUUUGGACGAUAAGCGACUUUCCGGCAUAUGGCAUGCUAUCAGGAUGGACGACCCAUGGGAAGUUGUCUUGUCCAAUUUGCAUGGAAGAUUGUAAGGCUUUUUAUCUGACUAAUGGAAGGAAGACCUGUUGGUUUGAUUGUCAUCGAAGAUUUCUUCCUCGUAACCAUCCACUGAGAAAGAAUAAAAAGGACUUCUUGAAGGGAAAACACGCUUUGAAUGAUUUUCCACCUGAAUCUUUGACUGGUGAGCAAGUUUAUUCGGAGCUGUUAAAUGGUGUCAAUCCACCAAAAACAUCUAAGUGUGGUGGAAAUGGUCAUGACAAGAAGAAACCUGGAUAUGGAAAACGCCAUAAUUGGCACAAGGAAAGCAUAUUCUGGGAGCUGCCAUACUGGAGGGACCUCAUUCUUCGACAUAAUCUUGAUGUGAUGCAUAUAGAAAAAAUUUUUUUUGACAACAUCAUGAAUACUCUUAUGAAUGUGAAGGGUAAGUCGAAAGACACAAUCAAGUCAAGAUUGGAUAUAGCACUUUUCUGUGAUAGGGAACAUUUACAUGUUGAUAGCAAUGGGCAAGCUCCUUUCCCUCCCUACACAUUGGACAAGAAUGCAAGAACAAGUUUAUUGGAAUGUGUGAAACAUUCGGUUAAAUUCCCAGAUGGUUAUGCUUCAGACCUAGCUAGGUGUGUUGAUCUUGAGAAUGGCAAGUUUUCAGGCAUGAAGAGUCAUGACUGCCAUGUUUUUAUGGAGAGGCUACUUCCAUUUAUACUUGCAGAACUCCUAGACCAAAACGUCCAUCUUGCGUUAUCAGGUGUUGGUAUAUUUUUCCGUGACCUUUGCUCGAGGACUUUGCAGAAAAGCCGGGUCAAACAACUUAAACAAAACAUAGUUUCGAUAAUCUGCAAUUUGGAAAAGAUCUUUCCACCAUCAUUUUUUGACGUGAUGCAGCACUUGCCUAUACAUCUCCCAUACGAAGCUGAACUAGGAGGCCCCGUGCAAUAUAGGUGGAUGUAUCUUUUUGAAAGGAAUUUCAAAAAGUUGAAAGCAAAUGCAAAGAACAAAAGAUAUGCGGCAGGAUCGAUAGUUGAAGCAUAUAUCAACCAGGAGAUCGCUUUUUUCUCGGAGCACUACUUUGCUGACAAUAUACAAACGAAAUCAAGGUUCACGAGAUUUGAUGAAGGUGAAGUCCCCGUAUAUCAUGUCGAAGGAGUACCUGAUAUAUUUACUCACCCAUUUGAGAGGAUGUUCGAAGAUUAUAUCAGUGCAAAAUAUCCGGACAUUUCCGAAGAAGAACUCUCCACGAAGAGAGCAGAUGAAUAUCAUAUAUGGGUGAAAGAUUAUAAGCAUGGUGAGGGACGAAAGACUUGUAACUAUGGAGUAUGUGUUAAAGGAGAGAGUUAUACAAAUAUAACUGAUGAAGCACAUUACUACGGGAUCUUAACUGAUAUCAUAGAAAUCAAGUAUGAGGGGGCGGUCGAUUUGAGAAUCACACUUUUUAAGUGUAAGUGGUAUGAUCCUGUUCUUGGUAGAGGCACUCGGCGAAGCAAUGGUGGUAUCGUUGAUGUUCUUUCAUCAAGGAAAUACUACAAAUAUGACCCAUUUAUUCUAGCUUCACAAGCAGAACAAGUUUGUUAUAUCCCGUAUCCAUAUGUAAGGAAACCAAAGCAAUUGUGGCUUAAUGUUCUUAAAGUGAAUCCGAGGAGAUUAAUCGUUGCUGGAGAAUAUGAAGACGUAGCCUCGAUUACGUUACAACAAGAAAACGAUGAUGCUGUUUUGAUGACUACAGUUGAAGACCUACAAUUUGAGCAUUUGGUACAUGCUCGAAAAGAACCAAUAAAUCUCGAUUUCGAAGUGGGAGAUGGAGAACCAAAUGACGAAUUCCGAUGUAAUUUAUCGUCUUCUGAUGAUGAUGUUUAA